CCUCCCCCUCUAACUCAUGGUGGUGGUGGUGGACAACAGGCCCAUCACCGGAGCAGCCGUUGGUGCCGAGGUGGUGCUGUCCGCGGGCGUGGUGGCCUCGCGGCUGCAGGCCGCCCUGCCGUCGCACGUGCCCAUCUCGCUGCGCCUGGUGGCCUCUCCGAAGGCCGUCCCAGAGGCCAAGACCUCGAAGGGCGCCAGGGUGCAGAGCGACCCCCUGCUACUUCUGAUGUCCGAGGGCGGAGAACACCUCAACCCGGUCUGGGAGGUGUGGGCGCGCCAGUCGCGCGACGGCGGCGCUCCGCGGUGGACGCGGCUGCCGGACGAGCUGCAGG